CAAAGCAAAAAUGAAGAACAAAAAGAAUUAAAAGAAAAUGAAAAUGAAAAAGAAAAACUUGUCAGGGUUUUGGUCCGAUAUCAUGACUCCUGGUAAUAAAUGCACUUUCAGCUGCUUCAAGUAAUCUUCUCUUUCCAUUUCCUCGUACACAAAACCUCGUUCUGUUCGUCAAGAAAGCUCUCUCUCUUCUACUGUUCGAAAUUGUGAGAAAAGUAAAGGAAGAGAAAGAGAAAAAAGGAAACAAUGGGAGAGGAGAAGCCAAAAUCUGGUGGAGUGUGGCCAGCCGUGAAGCCCUUUGUGAAUGGUGGUGCUUCUGGUAUGCUUGCUACUUGUGUCAUCCAACCCAUUGAUAUGAUCAAGGUGAGAAUUCAAUUGGGUCAGGGGUCCGCGUCUGAGGUGACUAAGACCAUGUAUAAAAAUGAGGGAAUUGGUGCCUUCUACAAGGGUUUGUCGGCUGGUCUUCUUCGACAAGCUACGUAUACAACUGCCCGUCUUGGUUCAUUUAGGAUUUUGACUAACAAGGCAAUUGAAGCCAAUGAUGGGAAGCCCUUACCGCUAUAUCAGAAGGCUUUAUGUGGGUUGACAGCAGGAGCCAUAGGAGCAUGUGUAGGAAGUCCUGCAGAUUUGGCACUAAUCCGCAUGCAGGCUGAUGCGACGUUACCUGCUGCUCAGCGCCGGCAUUAUACAAAUGCUUUCCAUGCCCUCUAUCGAAUUGUUGCUGAUGAAGGAGUUUUGGCACUCUGGAAAGGUGCCGGCCCUACUGUUGUGAGGGCUAUGGCACUUAACAUGGGAAUGCUUGCUUCUUAUGAUCAAAGUGUGGAGUUCUUCAAGGACAAUCUUGGUUUUGGCGAGGCUGCUACAGUGAUAGGGGCGAGUACUGUAUCAGGAUUUUUUGCUUCUGCUUGCAGUUUACCAUUUGAUUAUGUCAAAACCCAAAUACAGAAAAUGCAGCCUGAUGCUGAAGGGAAAUUUCCAUAUACUGGUUCGUUAGAUUGUGCCAUGAAAACCCUGAAAGCAGGAGGGCCUUUUAAAUUUUACACUGGAUUUCCCGUAUACUGUGUUAGAAUUGCACCUCAUGUCAUGAUGACCUGGAUAUUCCUGAACCAAAUUCAAAAAUUGGAGAAAAAGGCUGGAUUGUAAUUCUAUUCGGAAACAGAGAUCUUCAUUGGAGCUUAAUUUACAAAUAAAAAUAUAGCCGUGUUGUAAUCACACCCUCAAGGCUAAGGGUUUCUUCAUAAAUUUACAGGGAUUGAUUAGAUUGUUGCACUGAUCUGAAUGUAGAGUAGGGAUUUGGAGUUUCUGAAUUAUUUCUGGGAGUAUUUCUCAUUUGAAAUUCAGGUUCUAAUAAUCUAUGUACUCAACUAUUCUCUGACGUAAACCUUUUGUUUUGCAUCGAUUUUGAUAA